AUAUAGCUUUUUCAUAUAAAUAUUUUGGAACAGAGCAAAACAGAGGAGAGAGAAAAAGAGAAAUAAAAUGGUAAAAGUGAGCAAAUUUGUGAUGAAAAAUGUGGGAGAAGGAAUCAGUAAAACUCUCUCUGAAAUUCUGGUUUGCCCUUUAACCAAACAGUCCUUAAGAUUUUGUGAGAAGACAGGAUCAUUAAUCAGUGAUGAAAUUGGGGUUUCUUUUCCGAUAGUUGAUGGGAUACCUUGGUUGGUUCCAAAGGACGGGAAGAUCCUUGAAGAAGAAGGAUUGUCCCAUACAGAUGGCCACAAGGAAAUGAGAGAUUGAGAUUGAUCUACACUAUUCUAUUCCAGAGUCAAGCAUUUUGCAUGUAUGUUAUAUUUCUGUGUGGCGGGAGGUGGGACUUCUCUGUGAACCUGCCUAGAAUAGCUAUAUACUCCGUUGGUACGAGCCACAUAUAACAUUAGUUCCAUUUCUAGGAUUGGUGAACUAUAAUUUUUUUGUUCCGUAUGAUUCAUACAGUUAAUGUCCAGGAUUGUCAAGUUCUUUAAUCCAUCUCCAAUUGUAUAUCUAUCUCAUGAGAAUUCAGCAUUAUAUACAAAUUGGUGCAGACCACGGAUGCUGUGCAUUAUAUA